AUGGCAGCAACUUCCUCCUACAUGGCUUGUGCAAAGUUCCCUAUGCUGGGUUGGCACGGAGGCAGAAAAGAACUGGAAAGGAGACGUGUAAUCUCCGUUUCAGCUCAGCAGCAAGCUGAAGUCCAAGAAUCACCGGAAGUGAAUGCGCAAGCAGAAAAAGACCCAAAACAAGAGAAAGGGAAGCAACCAACGCAACCAAGACCAGUGGAGCCCCAAGUGAACGUGAAGAGCAAGAACAUGAGCAGGGAAUAUGGAGGGCAGUGGCUGAGCAGCGUCACACGGCACGUCAGAAUCUAUGCUGCUUACAUUGACCCAGAAACAUGUGAGUUCGAUCAAACUCAGAUGGAUAAGCUCACCCUCAUCCUCGAUCCUACAGAUGAGUUCGUUUGGACAGAUGAGACUUGCCAUAAAGUUUACUCCUACUUCCAAGAGCUUGUGGAUCACUACGAGGGUGCCCCAUUGACAGAAUACACACUGCGACUGAUUGGUUCAGAUAUAGAACACUACAUAAGGAAGCUGCUAUAUGAUGGAGAAAUCAAAUACAACAUGAACGCAAGGGUAUUGAAUUUCAGCAUGGGGAAACCACGCAUUCUAUUUAACAACGAUGGUCAGCUGCAAGAUGUACAAUCAUAA